CAAAACUACACUCUGUUAACGAGUUGGUAUGUCUUCUCUGGAGUCGAGUAAUGUUCGGCACCAUAAUUGCACAAGUUCACCAGAGUUUUUGAAAUCACCAGAAAGUUCGUUGGAUCUGAGAGAUAAAUUGUUUGCUGAUAGUAAACUAAUGUGUUCUUCAAAUUUAAAUGAGACCUAUUGGAUGAAACUGGACAAGUCGUUAAUUGCCCGACACGAGGUAAAGUCGGUUGUUACUGAUAUGAAGUCCCGAAAAGAUAUGUUUUCACUAAAUUCCCGACCUGCUUCGCAAACAUUUAAAGCACACUCAACCCGAUAUUCACGUAAAUGUUUGAAAACCCAUUGCAAUAAAAAACAUUCCACAUACAGACAAAGUGAAGAUACUACGGAUUCUGGUAAUGGUCUAUCUUCAACCGUUGGUAUUUUAAAUAACAAAUCUGGUCACGUAACCCAGUUAGCCAAUCGUGUCGAGCACCUUUUAAUUCAGGAUUCUACUAACGUCUUGUAUCAGAACAAGGAAAUACAAUUAGUCUAUCAUAUUGAAAAACCGGACUCCUUGGAAAAUAAUUUAUUUUCUAGCACUAAAAAGAAUCCUAAUAGUCUCAUCCCAAGUCCAGUUACAACCACAUUAUCAUCGCCCUGGUAUCGUCAUUGUAGACCAAAAGCCCCUCCUCCAACUUUUCCUUUUUCCACAGAAAAUUCUGUGAAAUGCUGUGAAAGUGAAAGCCGCGAUUUUGAGCUUUAUGAAGAGAGUAACAAGAAUGGAAACGGCCAUCUAGAAUUUGAAUGCGAAAACCCGCUUAAACCUGUCCCAUGUCUACUUUCUUCAGUGUGUUCAUAUUCAGUACACUGUCCAAGUAUACAAGUUCUAGAGGCAGAUCUUAGUCAAGAAAACAUAAACUGGGAUUCAGAUUACCCACUGCCAUCUUCCCUACCUCCUUCCAGUGAUGUCGCACCAACACUAAUGAGUCAUUCUUAUUCCCCCUCACCCGCUCUCAACAACAAUACUAAUGAAGUAUCCAAUACGCUUUCCGGAGCAGUAGCAUAUUUAGAAGAAGUUAAUUUAAAACCUUUGGCUCCCAUAACAAAUAUCUUGCCAAAUGGUGGUUCUUUUAUUCGUCGUCAUCCUAAAUGGGCAGUUCCUUGUAGUUCAGACAUCCUUAGGUCCCAUACAACUGUUCGUUUCCCUGGUUCAAACUCAGUAAUCGAUUUUGAUUUGAAUUCAUCUCCUUCUGUACCAUCCCCUCCUCCUCUGAUUGUGGAACGUUUGCCAUGUGAACUGGAUAUUUCAAAAUCUCAAGAACAGCACUUAAAUUGUUCACCUACUCUAAAUAAUCCUAAUCUAACACGUCCGAUAUUUUUAAAACGUGGAGCAUCUGAUGGUGCAGAACAAAACUCUGAAGAUAUAAUUGGCCUAGAUAUUAACAAGGAAUAUGAUCCACCAUCAACGAUGAAACGCAGUCACUAUUGGGAUCUUACCAACGAAAAAUAUUCACCCAAAAAAAGUCGUGUUCAGUUACUAUUACCAAGUGAAUGUAGCGCAUUUCUCCCAGUAAAGUCAACGCGUCAAUUGGAUCAUAGACAUAUACACUGUAUUUCUCCACCUUAUUUACGAUAGAGAUCCAAGUUGAAUCAGUAUUUAAAGUACAAAUUGUAUACUAAAUACUUAGUCUUUCAUAUAUAUAUAUACUGUACAUUUUAACGGACCAUUGAUUUUUUGUUGACAUUUUUGUUAUUUCCGUGACUUAGUGGUUUUGUUAUUUUGCCAUGUACCUACGUACUGGUCUAGUUCUCUAUUUAUUGACUCAUUUUCUUUAUUUUCUCCCAAUACUUCCGUUCGUUUAUUUGUCGUUUCUAUUUCGCUUAACCCUCUUGCCCUUAAAUAUUAUUCAAUAACAUUACGAUCACAACUAUGGUUAUUAUUUUCUAUUGUUUCUCUUUGUGUUCAUCGUGAUUUAUUCUUGAACAAAGAAAGUGAAAAGGAAAAAAGGAAAAUCUCUAAUCCCCUUAAUUUGCUUUGUGUGUUUCCUUUUUGUAUAGCUUUUGUAUGUUAGUUUCUAUUUGUUCAUUGUUAAAAUUUGUUUACUGUAUUUGGCUUUUUUCUUUUUUUGGAUAUUUUGUUAUACUAAAUUUAUUGUACGAAUUAUUGUACUGAUUCGAGUUCUGUCUGGCAGUUGUUUCUCCAUUAACUUUUGUAACCAUUAAAAUUGUUAGGAAUGGCAAAGUACAAAUGUUCUUAUGUAA